UACAUCCGAUUGUCGGCACACAGUCACCCGUACAAAGCAACUGGAUCUUUAAAUACAUUGUGUGUAUUUUCUUUCCACCUAUUACAAUAUUUUCACAGCGCAGUAAAACCAUAAUUGCCGUUCGCCGAACAUGAACGACAUUUUAAGUCUGUAACUGGUUGGGAUAGUCUAUUAGUUUGGAGAGGAAUAUAUUUACGGAAGGAAGUAAAAUAUGUAUCCGACAAAUCCUCAGAGGUCGCCGACCACUUCUGAUUCCCGGUUUGACACGAACAGUAAGCGGACAGCGGUGGACAUGAUGGCGCGAGAUAAACUCUUCCAGUGGACGGAAUGUCGGGUGUGGAUCAACUCUGCAAUUGUGGCCGACAUCAUGGACACCCACAAGUCUGCCGACAAGUCCCAUCCUCCAGCCCCUGCACCAGAACGUAACGCCGUCACCACUUUUCUGAGAGACCCAAAGAAAGAGAAGACAGGGGGUCUUCUGAAGCAGAAGUAUUGUGAGUCAAUGAUCGGUCUACAGGGAAGUUCUUAUUUUGUGUUUGGAUUACCUAGAGUAAGAGGGAUUGUGAAAGAUUUGACAGAAGAUCUAGGAUUAAACUCAGAAAAAAAUCCUGAUCGCAGGGAAACUCCGGAAAAAACGGAUUAUCUCUCGGAAACUCAAAAGGACACGUCUAGAGGAAGUCCAGACGACAUCAAACUUGGAGAAAGUCGAUACGACUACAAACUUGGAGAAAGUCGAAGCGACAACAUACUUGGAGAAAGUCGAAAUGACUACAAAUUUGGAGAAAGUCGAAGCGACAACAAACUUGGAGAAAAUCGAUACGACUACAAACUUGGAGAAAGUCGAAAUGACUACAAACUUGGAGAAAGUCGAAGCGACAACAAAUUUGGAAAAAGUCGAAACGACUACAAACUGGGGGAAAGUCGAAACGACUACAAAUUUGAAGACAUUGGAAAUGACAGACUAGGAGACACAAGAAACAACCGAUUGAAGGAAAGUCAGAAGCGGAUGGGAGAAUCCAGGAAUGACAGACUCGGGGAGACUUUGGACGAUAGACGGAGCUUGAGAGACAGUAGCAGACAGGAUCGUGAGAAUGAACCUCCAGACAGUUUCCGAUCCUCAAGCAGACGACAAGACGACUUCAAACCAAACCCUCUGGGACAGAGCGGGGCUUACGACUUCAGUAGCAGCUACAGACAAGACCUUCGUGAGAGCAGACGACCCCGUCCAGAACCGAGGGAGCCUGAGGAGCCAAACCUGUACUCCUCCAGGGUUAUGCCUGAUCGGAGAGCAGACGAUAGGGGGAUGUACUCAUCAAGGGUGUUACCAGACCCUCCCUCUUAUGGCCCCAGGGUUCUGCCCGAACGACCAUCCGACCCAAGGGAUCGAUACGACGACAUACAGAGCUGGAUGCCUGACAGUCAACUCCCAAAAGCACCCCGGUCUAGAGACGAUUACCCCCUCCCUCCUCCACCCCCACCCCCACACCGCCAGGCUAGCGGCAGGUACACAGGUGUGAUAAGGAAAUAGCUCUCUUUUAUGCAUGGAAGCUUAUAUUACAUUAGAUACUACGGUAUAAAAUAUAUAUCCAAAAUUACUCGAGUAAUUAAAGAAUUUUAUUCCUAUUUAUUUCAAUCAUAUCAGUAAACUUGUUUAAACGACUGUUGAAAUCCUUGACAAGGUUUGAUGAAAUUCUAUAGGCGGCAAUAUGACCUCAGCAUUCUUUAGAUGUGUUAUAACUUCUACAGGGUAUUGUGUAAGUCCGCGUGACCGAAUCAAGCUUUAUAUAUAGAGAGUGCAAUAUAGAUCUAUAGGUUAAUCUGAUUGUAUGUUAAACAUUCCAUAUGUACAUGAAUUCGCAUUUUUGUCACCGCAGGAGUUUUAAGAUAUUUUAUAUAACAUCCCUAGCUCGGACGAUAUAUAAUGAUAAUUUACAUAUAUACAUCUUACUAGCUUAUACGUAUCCAGAUUAAUUAAAAAGAUUGUUAUGUAUAUGUAACAAUGGUGAUGUAUAUAUACAUGUAUAUCUUGUACAUGUAAUUGUUUGUACUCUAUCAUUUACGUACUAUAGAAAUUACAUUUUAAAACACCUUU